UCAUAUACUCUCCGUCUAGUCUCGACACACACCGGCUCCGCAGCGCGACUAAUAACUUAUUAGCUGCCUGUUUCAAAACUGUGACACAAACAGUCAGGGACGCCAAGUGAUGUAUGGAAAGCGAAGACAAAUGAAGGAUGCCUUCCCACGAGGUUUCCAAUAGCAUGCGCUGGUGUUGCGCCAAAGGGCAGGGAGAUUUGUAGAUGAUGGUGCUAAUUACGAGAAUGGUAACCAUAAUGCGACCAAGAUGGAAGCAAUUUAGGCAGAAGUCAUUUGCGUGUUACUCUUCCACCCACUAGCAGCACACACCAGGAGCUCGAGUGGAAGUGGCUGUAGGGCUUUGAGUCGCACUUGCAGUCUGCUUCCUGAGAGAAGAUGCGUGUUUUAAUGUCCAUGGCCUGCUAGAUUGAUUAAGACCAAAAGAAAAGUGUUUGUGAGGGAACGGAAUAUGUUUGUUUUUUAAAUCAGGACGCACAUUUCGCGAAACGGCGCUUGGAUUUAUUCAUCUCAAAUAGCAAGCUGCGUGUUCGGAUUACAAAUUGAUUGGAAAAACAGGUCUUGAUCGAUUUAUUCAGAGCAUCUAACUGUGCUUCAUAGCCUAUAAAAUGUUUUGAAUGAAUGACUGAAAUGAAGGCUACUUCGGAGCGAUAGUGGGUUGUUUGAAGAAAGCGUUCUCAUUCUAUUAAAGAAGCAAAAAAUGUGGUUUGGACGUUUCUGAAUCAUGAUUUCGUUCAUAUUUACCGCUGGGAAUUAUGAAUCGCUUAUUAAUAAAUGCCUAACCCGCGUCUUAUCUGGAACUUUUGUCCUUUAGAAGUGAUUUAUCAAGCCAAUUGUCGAGACCAUUUCGUGUUGUCAGUCACUGUUUUAUAUUAAGAGCCAGAAACAUUCCAUACAUAAGUGUGGAUCAUUGAAAGCCACGUGCGUGUGUCUAUGAAUGUUAACAUCACUGUCGAAAUGUGCCAACAAGCAUGAAAAGAGAAUUAAUAGCGGCUCACCCAGAGGCCAGUGUUCAUGCUUAAAUAUAAUUUUCGGAUCUUUCAAAAGAAGUAAAAACUCUGUCCUCGGAUGUCUCUCUCUCUCUCUUUGUGAUGCGGUUUUCCGCUGUAAGCCACCGUGUGUAGUGCUGUGUAAUUUUAUCCACGCUGCAACCUCUUGGUUCACACAAGACUGAUACCUUGCCUCCCCUUUUCCUUUGUAUCAAUUGGUCGGGGUUCGGGCUAUUGUUGCAGGAGGGCUCUUUUAUUUCUGCGCACACUGUCGAUCAGCGAAAUCUCACGAUAGGCUCCCUGUGAAACCGACUGGCUUGUUUUCUCCUCCUCGGUCAGAUACAGUCUGCUUGGAGAGCCGAGUGGAUCCCAUGAGCACCAACGAGGCGAACCCAUGCUGUUGCCACCAAGCCGGCUCGAACAGAUGACCGCGACGUAUUAAAGAGAGGGAUACAGCAAGUUUUCUUUCUUUUUUUUUUUUUUUAAUGGAUCACUGACAAAUGAAACUUCUUUGAUGGGACCCCGUGUGCCAGCUCUUUCUAUUCCAGCGAGAUUUUGCCGACAUCCCGCCAUGCCACAAUGGUUAUAAUUCUGCUCUUGUUGUUACUGAGCUCCUUGGAUCCGAGUUUGCAGGAAUCUCUGGCUCCGAGGCUGACCAGGACCCCAAGGGCGCCUUGUGCCAGGGGCCAGGAGUGUGACCCGAGGCAGCGGCGAGAUGCUGGUGGACGCGGCGGGGUUUACGAGCACCUCGGUGGAGCUCCGAGACGCAGGAAACUUUACUGCGCCACAAAAUAUCAUUUGCAAAUUCACCCGAACGGAAAAAUAGACGGAUCUCUUGAUGAAAACAAUCCUUUCAGCAUACUCGAGAUCACAGCUGUCGAUGUUGGUGUGGUGGCGAUCAAGGGCCUGUUUUCGGGAAGAUACCUGGCUAUGAAUGAGAAAGGACGUCUGUAUGCUUCGGAAGUCUUCAACCGAGAGUGUGAGUUCCUGGAGCGCAUUCAUGAGCUGGGCUAUAACACCUAUGCAUCAAGGCACCACGCCACGACCCAGCCUCCUCAGGCAGGGUCCGGCGCAGGGGGUGGCAAGCGCCGUGCCAGUUCUAAAAGGCAGUGGUAUGUGUCCAUCAACGGAAAGGGCCGGCCCAGGAGGGGCUUUAAGACACGGAGCACGGACAAAGCUUCCCUCUUCCUGCCCCGUGUUCUGGGCAACAAGGACCAUGAGAUGGUGCGCAAGCUCAGAGAGAGCCAGCGGCACCAGACAGGCUCUCAAAGACCCCCUGUCGGUCGGGCAGAGCGCAGGAGACGACGACACAGGGGCUCCAAGGGCCACGGCAGAAGGGCUGACAUUUAACACUCUCUUGACACAGAUGGAGGAGAAGAGGUCCAAAGCCACUGAGAGUCACAUGGAACAAUUUUCUCUGGAGAGGAUGAUUUUUGAGAACACUUUUCGAGGAAUUAUGUGGCAAGAAGGGCUGAGAGUGUACCAGAUAUGUUUGUGUGACCAAAAUUAUCACUACUGAAAGUUUUGCUUUUUUAUGACAUGCACCACGUCAUGUUCUCACUUUUGGAAGUCUUUUCUGUUAAAGGCGUGUAAUUAUUGUACAUAGCUGUACAGUCAUUUACUUUUUUUAUUUGAGAUAACAUAGAGUACAUGUUUGUAAUCAUAAAUUAGAGUGCUUGACAAUGCCGAUGAUGUGUUAUGUAUGGCUUUAAAGGUGAUGUACAGACAAGCACUUUUUCCUUAUUGAAGUAUAAAGUAGAAAACAAAGAUCCAUACACAUAAAACAGAUGCUUUUUAACUUACAUGUGAUAGGCUACUGUUCUUAAACUGCAAUCAGGAGUACUUUGUAUAUUACUAAUGUAAUGCAUAUUUAUUUUGUUUAUAUGUUUUUUAAGUUAUUGAUGACAUAGUUUCUACACUUCCAAAUAUCAAAGAUUUUUCUUCGGAAGAGAUUAGUAGUUAGAAUAACACUGAACAAUCCCUUAAGAGUAGACUCUCCAGUUUCCUAUUUCUUAAUGCAAAUAUGAGUCUAAAUAUAUGUAAUGACAUCAGCUCUGAUGCAUAGUUUUGAUAAAUGUCAUAUGUAUUGAACACUGUAAGCAGAGCAAUGCAUUAAAACGGCAUUGUUCGACACUGAAAGCUAAACAUCUGGAGGAAUGUCACCAAUAAAUUAUAUGGAAUAUA